AUGGGUUGCUUGCUUGAAAAAUUAUAGAGAGAAAAAUUAAAUUAAUUAAAUAAGGUUGAAUAAUUACAACAACCUUUGGUUGAAAAUAAAAUUUAAGUAGAAAAAAUAGAGCCAGAAAUUUUCAUCCCUGUGGUAUGAUAUUUUCAUAAAAUACAAGGAAGUUAUAGCAUAAGCAAAUGAAUAAAGAAUUUUGCAAUUAUAAAAGAAAAACUGUUCAAGAAAUUUUCAGAUAGAAUAAUAUGAAAGAUAAAAAAAAUUAAAAAAAUGUGAAGAAUAUGAAAUAGAAAACAGAAAAAAAGGAGCUUAUUUUUUAAAAUGGUCAAUCAAUUGUUGA